AUGGACACCAGCACCAUGUCAUUUGUUGAAGGAGUUGGUGAUGAAGUCACAGUCCUGUGUGGAAUAGUCUUCCUGCUACUGGCACUUGUUCUCGCUUGGCUCUCCACACACGUUGUUGAUCGUAGUGAUCAAAUAUUUGGGACCAUUGUUACCACAGAGAACUCAUUAGUGGGGCUGAGCAGUGUAGAACAGUAUGUACCAAAUGCAGCAACACCUGAAACUGAUGAAGCCCAGUCAGCAACUGUCCCUGUUGGGCAAAAGCCAGAGGAAGAAAAUGAUUCUUGCCUUGGAGCGUCAACUGGAAAUAAUGGUCCCACCAACGAGCAGGUGCCAAUUGAAGAGGCUUCCAGUUCAACCGAUGUGAACAUUGAUCCUCUUUGGAACAUACAGGGUUUGCACAAGCAAGUAUCAGCCAGUGAACUUAGUACUGAAGAGGUUCUGGAGCAUGGAUUGCUUGAGAACUGUGAAGCUCAUACAUCCAUAGUGAAUAAUGUUGAAGAGGCCGAAAGGCAAAUUAAAGUUAGGCUAAAAUUUUUAAAUGAUACUGAAGAGAUAGCAUGUGUAAAACCAGAUGAUACAAUUGGAUUUCUGAAAAGCAAAUAUUUCCCAGGACAAGAGCAGCAAAUGAAGUUCAUUUACCAAGGCCAGCUUCUGCAAGAUCAGUCCUGCACUCUUGGAUCACUCAACAUCAAAGACAACUGUGUUAUUCAUUGUCAUAUUUCACAAACUUCAUCCUCUCCCGGCCCUGCUGUUUCUUCAAUAGUGGAACAGAACCAAUCUGCCCUUAAUGUUGGUAAUCUGAUGAUCCCAGUUUUUGUCAUCAUGCUUGCUGUAGUCUGGUACUACCGCAUUAACUACCGCCAGUUUUUCACUGCACCAGCCACAGUUUCCCUGGUUGGUGUUACUGUCUUCUUCAGUUUCCUUGUAUUUGGCAUUUAUAGUCAAUAA